AUGCUCCACACCACGCCCAAAACUCAGAUCCUCAUCACAGACGUGCCCGCGCAGGACUUCGCCUGCGGCUGGCCGCAGCAGCUGCAGUCGCAGCUCUUCGACCGCGAGUUCCCGCAGCUCAAGCACAGCUGCCUGUACUACACGCCGCUCGCGUUCCUCCACCGCGUCGUGCUCAUCUUCGACCAGGAGCCCGCCACGCUGCAGGUGCACGAGUUCCUGACGCGCGCCCUCGCCGGCAAGCCCGUCAAGAUCUUCCUCACGGAGUCGCUGCUCGCGAAGCCGCGCGCCAAGUCCUUCGACGCCGCGCCCGACCACGUGCCCGACUUCGACGUCGAGCCCCGCGCCAAGCCCCAGCUCUCCCUCGACACCCACAGCUCGCCCGCCAACUCGCCCUCGCUGUCGCCCGACCGCUCCGACCCGCACUCGCCCACCGCGCUCAAGUCGCUGGAGGACGGCAAGGUCCACCUCUACCAGGAGCCGCUGCCCGCCGCCGACGCCCCCGGCGACGACGCCUCUCCGCGCGGCGAGACGAAGCUGCUGUACAAGCCGCGGCUAUCGCUCGACACCAGGAGCUCGGGCGCCUCGCACUCGAGCUUCUCCGUGCCCAUGAGCCCCAGCAUUACUCUCAACGAGUUUCCCCAGUGA